AUGGCUAGGAGACUUUGUGUGUUGACUCUUGAUGUCAUAAUCGAAAUUCUUGCCGUGGCAACCUGGUCUCACAGACAAGACCAUGCCCACGAACCAUUGCCCACUGUGACGCCCUUUCACUUUCAUCUUCUUGGUGAAGCACAGUUGGACGGAAAAGUACACUGCUUUGUUCAUGAGAGAUAUUUGAGAGUUCUAGUGUUCAUACUUGGGAUGUAUCUUUCAAAGAGUUUCAGGCUUGAAGUUGUUGUCAUCCUGUGGUUUUGCUGCUAUAUGCUACAUGCCGCUGGGCAGAAUAACAUCACAAAUUCUGUCGAAGUUGAAGCAUUGAGAGCCAUUAAGAAUAGUUUGAUUGAUCCUAAUGGAAAUUUGAGCAAUUGGAAUCAUGGAGACCCAUGUACAUCAAGGUGGAAAGGAGUUUUGUGCUACAAUGGAACCAAAGAGGAUGGCUAUCUUCAUGUUGAAGAAUUGCAAUUACUGAAUUUGAACUUGUCUGGAACUUUGGCACCAGAACUUGGCAAAUUACCAUACAUGAAAAGAUUGAACUUUAUGUGGAAUAACAUAAGUGGCAGUAUUCCGAAGGAAGUUGGCAAUAUCACAUCUUUGGAACUCUUGCUCCUGAAUGGAAAUAAUUUAUCUGGUCAACUACCAGAGGAGAUUGGCUAUCUUCCAAACCUGGAUAGAAUACAAAUCGAUCAGAACCAUAUAUCAGGACCUAUACCUACGUCAUUUGCAAAUCUGAACAUGACAAAGCAUUUUCUUCUCGACAAUAACAAUUUAUCUGGAAACCUCCCCCCUGAGCUGUACAAGAUGCCAAGCUUACUUAUCAUUCAACUUGAUAACAAUAACUUUGGAGGAAGUAGUAUUCCUGAUACAUAUGCCAACAUGUCAAAGUUGUUGAAGAUGAGCCUUAGGAAUUGCAGCUUGCGAGGACCAAUUCCUGAUUUAAGCAGGAUACCUAAUCUUCUUUAUCUUGACCUCAGCUUCAACCAGUUGAAUGAAUCGAUUCCUCCCAAUAAGCUUUCUGAAAAUAUCACAACCAUUGAUUUAUCAAACAACCGCCUUACUGGAAAUAUUCCAUCCUACUUUGCUGAUCUUGCAAAUCUUCAGAAAUUGUCACUUGCAAACAAUUCAUUGAAUGGCAGUGUUUCUUCCUCCAUUUGGCUGAAUAAAACUUCAAAUGGAACAGACAACUUUUUCUUGGAGUUGCAAAAUAAUAAUCUUACGACCAUAUCAGGCAGUACUGAUCUUCCUUCAAAUGUCACAGUUGGGCUUGAUGGGAAUCCCCUUUGCUCAAACAUAUCCCUGGUUCAGUUCUGUGGAUCUGAAGGUGCUACUGUAACAAAUGGCUCAUUUACUACAAACUCCAGUUUCUGUCCUCCUCAAGCAUGCCCGCCUCCUUACGAGUACUCUGAGAAUUGUUUCUGUGCCCUUCCAUUGCUUGUUGCCUAUCGGCUGAAAAGUCCUGGGUUUUCAGACUUUACUCCAUUUUUAAAAGAAUUUGAGAACUACAUGACUACUGGUCUUGAAAUAUCUACUGAUCAGCUAGAAUAUGAUUUUUAUUGGCAAGUAGGACCUCGAUUAAGAAUGGACUUGAAGUUUUUUCCUCUAUUUGUUAAUAGCACUAGCAAUCAUACUUUCAAUACAAGUGAGCUCCUACGGAUCACAAGCAAGUUUACAGGAUGGCUAAUUCCGGACAGUGAUCUGUUUGGGCCUUAUGAACUGCUUGGCUUCAAUCUUUUGGGUCCUUACAAGGAUGAUGGUAUUAGAGCUUCAGCUCUAAACUCUUUUAUCCAUGGAGAAGAUGAUGAUGAUUGGUGCUUCCGCACACACAUCCAACACCUUGACAGAGCCUCCAAGAAACACGAAAUUGGCAAGAGUUCAAAAUCAGGGAUAAGUACGGGUGCACUGGUUGGCAUAAUCAUAGGGGCAAUAGCCUGUGCAGUGACAUUAUCUGCAAUUGUUACCAUUCUUAUAUUGAGAAUAAAAUUGAGAGAUUAUCAUACUGUUUCCAAGCGACGUCAUGCAUCUAAGAUCUCUAUAAAAAUUGAUGGCGUAAGGGCCUUUACUUAUGUAGAAUUGUCCUCCGCCACAAACAAUUUCAGCAUUUCUGCUCAAGUUGGACAAGGGGGCUAUGGGAAGGUUUAUAAAGGCAUUCUUUCUGAUGGCACAGUUGUUGCCAUAAAACGUGCACAAGAGGGAUCUCUGCAAGGUGAGAAGGAGUUCCUUACAGAAAUAUCAUUACUGUCAAGGUUACAUCAUCGCAACCUUGUUUCUCUGAUUGGAUAUUGUGAUGAAGAAGGUGAACAGAUGCUCGUCUAUGAAUUUAUGUCUAAUGGUACGUUGAGGGAUCACCUUUCAGUGACAGUUAAAGAACCUCUGACUUUUGCCAUGAGAUUGAAGAUCGCACUAGGGGCAGCUAAAGGUCUUACGUAUCUACACACAGAAGCUGAUCCUCCAAUAUUUCACCGAGAUGUAAAGGCCAGCAACAUAUUGUUGGACUCUAAGUUUUCAGCGAAAGUGGCUGAUUUUGGACUUUCACGUCUUGCCCCAGUUCCUGAUAUGGAAGGGGUUGUGCCUGGUCAUGUAUCUACCGUGGUAAAGGGGACCCCGGGUUACCUUGAUCCAGAGUACUUCUUAACUCACAAGUUGACUGACAAGAGUGAUGUUUAUAGUCUUGGUGUUGUAUUUCUGGAACUUUUGACUGGGAUGCAUCCUAUCUCACACGGAAAAAAUAUUGUUAGAGAGGUUAAUCUUGCGUACCAAUCAGGUGUAAUAUUUUCAAUUAUCGAUGGACGUAUGGGAUCUUAUCCAUCUGAGCAUGUGGAGAAAUUUUUGACAUUGGCCUUGAAGUGUUGUGAUGAUGAGCCAGAGGCGCGGCCUAGAAUGGCAGAAGUGGUUAGAGAGCUUGAAAACAUAUGGUCUACAAUGCCAGAAUCAGAUACCAAAAGAGCCGAAUUUAUAUCCAGUGAUUCUGGCAAAACAGACAGGCACAGUACACCAUCUUCGUCCUCGGCUUCUACUAUGAAAACUCCUUUUGUAUCAGGAGAUGUGUCAGGUAGUGACCUUGUCAGUGGAGUAAUACCAAGCAUCAAGCCAAGGUAG